GGCCGAGGCGGCGCAGCAACCAGCGGGGCUGUACGCACAGCCGCCCUGGCUGCCCCUUUCAGCAUGGGGCGAUCGCACGCGGGACCAAGGAGGUUGAGGGCACUCUUGUCUCCUGCUUGUUGGCACAACAGCAACUCUUUGCCCUUGCGCUCUUUGAGGUUUUUUUUGAGGUUUUCGUUUCAUCAUGGAGCUCUCACAGACUCAGCUGGCCGUCAUCAGGGAGGCAACGGCCUCCGCAGUUUCUGCUGCUUUAGCUCAGCUCGCGCCAACUUCGCAGGAGCAGCACACUGCAGCGGACCCCACACCAAGGGUGGAGGACCAGGCCGCGACGAGUGUUCAAGGAAAUGAGCGGGCGCUUCAGCUAACGCAAAAUGCCAAUAGUCUGGUAGCCCUGUCGGUGGCUCCGAGUACGCGCAAGACCUAUCAACCUGGCAUUAAGGCGUAUACCAAAUUCGCAUCUGCAGCGGGAUUUAAUCCACUACAUCCUGGCAAUGAAGACAUUGUCCGGUUCAUUACAUCACUGUCGCAGACCGUGUCAGCAGCAACUAUCAAGGUGUACCUGGCUGCAACAAGGUAUUACCUACUGUCUCAUGGCUCAUCCACAGAGGGACUGCGCUCCCAGCGCCUCACGGCCGUCCUGAAGGGCGUUGAGCGGAAGCAAUUCGACACACGUCAGGCAGCUCCACUGAGCCAAGCAAGCCGGCAACGCCCGGCGGUUAGCACAUCAGAUAUGCUGCGGCUUAAGGAACAUUUGAGCACAUCGACUCACCCCGCAGGGGAUAAGGCCAUGAUUUGGGCCGCCGUAGCGACGGCGUUCAACGGCUUGCUACGCGUCAGCGAGUACGCCUCUACCUCAGCCUCCAGCACCCCAAGCGUCAGCACCUUGACAGUAGCUCAAGUCCGGGCCUCCGACACCAGAGUGGUGAUUGAGCUGGGCCCCACCAAGGCAGCGCAGUUUGGCGGCGGCGGCACAAUACUACUACGCCCGAACGCCAACAAGGAUCUGUGCCCAGUAACCGCCAUACAGGAUUACCGGCGCAAACGGAAAUGGCCGAAUGCGCGGGCCCCUUUCUUCAUCUACAACAGCGGCAGACAACUCAGCCAGAAGGACAUCAACUUCUACCUGAAGAGGGCGUUAGGACCCGGAGUUAGCAGUCACUCCCUGCGUAAAGGGGGUGCCACGGAGCUGGCUUCGCGCAGCGCCCCAGAGUGGCAGCUGCAGGCCGCCGGACGAUGGCGUAGCUCAGCGUACAAGCAGUACAUCCACACAACGGCGGGCUUGCCUUCUCUCUAGCAGGCGGGGUCGCGGGCCUUUCUACCCAAGCUGCCCUGGGCAGGGUACUUUUGGAGGAGCAGCAAUUACCUCGUGAUAUGCACAUUUGCCAAUUAUGUCUAUCUGCCUGUCACA